AACUCCCCGGCUGCGAACCAGAUGCCCCCGGAAAACGAUGAUCUCGGUAACCUGGGCAUUGCCGGCGCCAUGGAGCUAGUCAGCCAGGCUUUAGGGUUGGGUUCCUUGGAAGCAGACGAGUCUAUGCAUGAGUAUUUGUCGGAAGAUGCGAUUUUCAGGAAGGGUGUUGCAUCCUUUUCUUUGAUCUUUGAAUUCUGCUGUUGCCUUCCAUCCUCCAACGAUGAACGAUGCGCUUCCCAUUCGCCUUUUCAGAUGCUCGAUCUCGCCUUGCAGCUGAGUCUUCAGGAUCAUGGUGGUCCGGGGACAGCGGCCCUCAUUGCCGAAGAGCAGGAGUCUCGAGCCUCUGGUCAAAACGCUCCACUACCAGCUAACACUCCUUCUCGAUCCUCUCCUUCAAGCACUGUUGUGCCGAGAAACAAUCAGCCGACCAUUCCGCUCUCCGCUGCGGGCACUGCUCCCAAUGAGAGGCAGCAAGCAGUGUUGGAAGAACAAAGACCCUCGGCUGUCUCGGGUUGCUCGAAUCCAGCCCGACCGGAAGGUACCAAUGUCUCCAAUGCAUUUGAACCGUCACAGGCAUCACCGUCGUCGGCGGCGGAGAGAAGGUCGUCCACAGACGCGGCGGCGCCGUCAUCAAUACCUCCUCCGCCUCCUCCCCGUUCAUCUCAGCGCACGUCCCUGGUAGAGCAUCCUUGA